AAGUUGCUCGGUCACAUGACUCUCUCGGACUCCCGUAAUCCAGGGCGCGUCCAUCUUGCGCGUGCGUUCCGUAAUACGGAAGCCGCGAGGAGCCGUUGUUCCCCGCUUCGCGUCCUGUCGGCCCGAGAUGAAGAGUUCUACUUUUACUGCCGCCUGCUGGAGACCCCCGCGUUGCGCGGCGCUUUCCCGUUCGUUUCUGUUCCAUUAGGGGAAAAGGAUGGCUUCUUAGACAGGAUUCGAGUUAUCGGGAGAGGUCACAUAGUGUCUGCCUCUGGGCGUCUUUUAUCAAAUGGUUUAGUGAUCCCUGUGCGUGCCUCACAGGUCUCCAGAGACUCCACAAGCUGCCUAACUCUGGCCUUCCCCUGGCAGCUACGGCUGUCACUUCUUCCAGGAAGCCUUCCCUGACCUCUCUCAGAAUAAGGGACCGCCUCUGAGAUCGAAGGCUGACACCUCGCUGCAGCAAGACUGUGAGACCUGCGAAGAUGUCCAGCAAGGUGGCCAUCGGCAGCGACAUCGGGCAGGCCCGGCGGGCCGUGGAGCAGCUGCGGAUGGAGGCGGGCAUCGACCGCGUGAAGGUGUCCAAGGCGGCCGGCGACCUGCUGCAGUUCUGCGCAGAGCAGGCCAAGAGCGACCCCUUCCUCGUGGGCAUCCCGGCGGCCACCAACCCCUUCAAGGAGAAGAAGCCCUGUGCCAUCCUGUAACCCGCGGCCCCGACCGCCCAGGAGCCCUC